AUGGGGUUGCUUGUGAUGGAGAUGCUCGCGAUGGAGAUGCUCGCGAUGGAGAUGCUCGUGAUGGAGAUGCUCGCGAUGGAGAUGCUCGCGAUGGAGAUGCUCGCGAUGGAGAGGCUCGCGAUGGAGAUGCUCGCGAUGGGGUUACUCGUGACAGGAUUGCACGCGAUAUGGCUGCUUGCGAUGGGGUGGUUAUCGAUGCUUGUAUAG